AUGAGUAUAGCUGCAUAUGCGUAUGAAGCUGACAGAGCUAAACGUUUAUAUUUUGGUCAAUACUCUCUCACACUUACUGACAAAUAUAUUGUUAUCACUGAUGGAAAUACUGAGAAAUACAUAACAUGGAAGGACUAUGAAAAGUUUGACCCUAUUUUAACUCCAUGUACUAUGCCGUUUAUAAAGGACGGUGAAAUUAUUGAAAAAGAUAAUACAACCGUAUAUAGGUCUGUUUAUGAAGCAUUAGAAUAUAUGUUGAAUCAUAACCCAAAAAGAUUUGACCCAAGCACUACACCAUGUGCAAUGCCUUUUAUUAAGGACGGUGAAAUCGUAAGAGUUCCGGAUUCAACGGUUUACACAGCUGUUCAAAACAGUUUACAAAACAUUUUAGCGAAUAUCUUUAAUUCAGAAACUACAGAAAUAAAAUUACCAUAUAUAACAGAUGCUAAAGAAAUUAAAUCAAAAACGACAACAUUAUUUACGUCACUUAAUGAUUUAAUGACUUAUAUCAUUAAUAUUCCUGCACCAACUACAGCAUUUGAUCCAAACUCGACGGUUUGCAGUGUACCUUUCAUAAAUGACAGUUCAUUAAUUACUUUAAGGGAUUCGACAGUAAAUGAAUCAUUAAAGGCGUCAUUAAUGAAAAUCAUUGAUUUUAAUUCAUUCACGAAUACAUAUAAUUCAUUCAUUAAUGUUUCAUAUGCUUCUAAAGAAGGUGAGCCAAAAACUAUCGAUAAAGCGGUGUAUGAAAUAAAAGCAUCAACGACGAAAUUGAAUUCGUUAACUUUUGACGGUGAUAGUUUCGUUAAUGACAUAACAUCGGGGAAAACAAUUUUAACGAAAGAAUACUUAAAAUCUCAUGUUAGUGAGUUCGUUGAAAUUGAAAAAGAAGGUGGAAUUAAGUUCGAUCCACUGAAUUUCAUUUUCAGCUUAGCGAAUGCGGGUGUUAGUUUCGCUGAAUGGACAACUAUACAGAGUGAAAUAAAUGCAAUAUGG